GGCACCGCCACACCACAGCCUGUCAGAUCGAGUAAGCAUCAACCACACCGUAAACAUAGCCAUCUGCAUCCCCAGUCGGGCGGAAAUCCAACUGCGGGGUUAACGAACUUUUAAUGUAUUUUCCAAGUCUACGUCACUUACAGGCUAUACAUAGCCCUGCUGUACAACUGGCAGUUCUAGAAUGGAAAAGGAAGGUGGCGGUGAUUUCCUGCGACACUAAUGUAGAUACAGUAAGCAGGCUAUUCUUGUUUCUGGCUGUGAUUAUGUAUGCACUGUAUGCUGUCAGAUAUCUGCCAUGCAAAACGACUGCGGCAGCUGUCGUCUAGAAAGUACGGGGCAGUGAGACCUUACGUUGGAUGUUCCUGGAUAUAAGGCACAAUUUAAACCAAAGGCUAUAUAAACAUUGCAGAAUCCCACC